AUGGAGUUUGAUGAAGCGGUGGUUCAUAUCAUUCCCAGAAUUUAUUCUGACCAUCAUCCCAUCCUAGUUUCCUUGUUUAAAGAUACCUCUGAGUGGGAAGAGAGACCCUUCCGGCUGUUCCCCCCUUGGCUGGAGCAUCCUAAGUUUAAAAAUGUCAUUUCUGAGUAUUGGAGGAAUGAGACAGACACUGCCACUAACCUAAUUGACCUGAUCCCAACUCUUAGAGACUGGAAUACUAGGACCUUUGGCAUCAUCUCUCGUAAAAAAUCUUCCAUCCUGCGGAGGCUCUCAGGUAUUCAGCGAAGCAUCGAUAGAAGGCAUAACCCUUUCCUUGAGAAGCUUGAGUUUGAUCUAAGAACCGAGUUGGACAAGACCUUGGAUCUUGAGGAGCAAUUAUGGUACCAAAAGGAUAGAGUCUCUUGGAUUCGGGACGGGGAUCGCAACACCAAGUUCUACCACACCACAUCUGUUGCUAGGAAAAGAAGGAACAAAAUCCUACCCUUGAAGAAUAGUAUGGGGGUGUGGAUCAGAAAUGAUAACGCCUUGAAAAGCUUGGUGACAAACUACUAUCACCAACUGUUAUUGGAAGACCAAUCUGCUAGAGGCUGGUACACCACCCUUGUUAACUGGCCCCCUCUUGAGGACACAGAGAAACAAUCUCCUAGCAGACAUAUUUCAGAUGUGGAGAUUAAGGCUGCUGAGAUGAAAAUGGGUCCCCAUAAGGCCCAUGGUCCAGAUAGGUUCCAUGCUGCUUUCUAUCAAAAGAAUUGGGAUUUCCUCCAGAAUAAGGUUUGCAAGGAUAUCAGAGGGUAUUUUGAAAAACCUGAGGACAUUACAAGGAUCAAUGAUACACUUCUCAUCAUUGUUCCCAAAGUCGACAAGCCUGAGAGAGUUGAGCAAUUGCGUCCGAUUGCUCUCUGCAACGUCCUCUAUAAGAUCAUCACUAAGACAAUAGUCAAUCGAUUAAAGCCUUUUAUGAACAAACUUAUCUCUCCCUUUCAAACUAGCUUCGUCCCAGGGAGAGUUAUACACGACAAUGUCAUUGUUGCCCAAGAGAUGACCCAUACCAUGAAUAGGAUGACGGGGAAGAAGGCGAUCAUGUCCAUCAAAAUAGACCUAGUCAAGGCCUAUGACAAGCUGAGCUGGACCUUUGUUAACAAGGUCCUCACCGAAGUAGGUAUCCCCUCCUACCUUGUGCACAUUAUAGGUUCUUGUAUCUCCUCCUCUAGGUUUCAGGUGCUCUGGAAUGGCAGUGCUUCUGAUCAUUUCAAUCCUUCAAGGGGAAUUAGGCAAGGGGAUCCAAUUUUGCCAUACAUUUUUGUUCUAUGCAUGGAUAAGUUAUCCCACCUAAUAACAGAAGCAGUCAGCAGCAAGGCUUGGAAACCUAUGAAGGAUGCCAUUACUCAGGCUAGUGGAUUCAAGGUGGCUGAUUCACUAGGAAAGUACCUUGGCUCUAUGCUUUAUCAUGGGCGUGGGAGAAAGAGGAACUACAAUAGUGUCAUUGACCGUGUAAAGGCUCGGCUAUCCAGUUGGAAAGGCCACAUGCUUUCCUUCGCGGGACGAGUUACCCUUGCAAAUUCGGAUACUUGGACUCAGCUUGAUAGGCCUCUCAUGGAGGUGGCUCCUCAGCUCCUAAAUAUUUGCAACUCAGAUGCUACGGUUGAGGAUUUUUGUGUCCCGUCAGGUAACUGGGACUUUGAGAGCCUCCUUAGACAACUUCCACAAGACUUGAUUCAGCAUAUCCGAGCUACUCUCCCUCCCUCCGUUGACAGAGGACCUGAUCGUUUGGUGUGGAAUUACAACGUUAAUAAUAGAAGUGUGGUCAAGGAUGCGUACUCGAAUAUUAUGAAAUUCAACUCCCUUGACCUGGAUCCAAUCUGGAAAACUAUCUGGAGUUGGCAAGGUCCUCAAAGACUGCGUUCAUUUAUGUGGUUGAUCUACCAUGGCAGAAUCCUAACCAAUGACUACAAUGCCAAAUGGGGAGGAUCUCCUUUCUGCCAUGCAUGCAACAUCAUCCCUGAAAAUAUCACCCAUGUUCAGCGUGACUCCAAGCUGGCCUUGCCUAUUUGGAAUGCCUGGAUUGCAGGUAACAUUCCACGGGAUUUCCUUUCCUUACCGUUGAAAGACUGGACCCGGAAGAACCUCCUUAAGGGCUGGAACCAUCCCCAAGCCUAUGAUUGGCAUGAUAUCCUCUUCUCUACAGUCUGGUUCCUCUGGCUUUGGAGGAAUAAUGAUACGCAUGACCCUUUCUUUUCCAGACCUCAUGACCCCUUAAUUCUGAUAUCUGAUUACAUUGGAGACGUAAUGCUAAGUAGGCCUUCAGGUUCAAGGGAGGCAAUUGCUGCACCUCCUCCUCAGCAAACCCGUUGGUGUGCUCUUGCAAUGGGUUGGUGGAAACUCAACGUGGAUGCCGCUGUUAAGACUGCCUCUUCCUCAGCAGCGUGCGGAGGCCUCAUAAGAAACAACAGUGGCAACUGGAUUUCAGGAUUUAUGUACAAGAUAGGUAUUUGCUCCCCUAUGAUUGCAGAACUUUGGGCUAUUUACAAGGGGCUCCAGAUGGCUUGGGAUAUGAAGGCUACUAUGCUAGAAGUUGAGAGUGACUGUCUUACAGCUGUUCAGGCCAUCAACAAGCCUAAUGUUGCCUACUCGACUCAUAACCCGGUGACAUGCAUAAAUCGGAUGUGUAACAGAAGCUGGCAUAUGGUGUUUACUCAUGUUAAAAGAGAUGGUAAUAAUUGUGUUGAUUGGCUAGCUAAGAAAGCCCUCUACUUAGAUGUUAAUCUCGUGGUGCUCCCUGUAGCGCCUUCUGAGCUUGAUCCCUUGCUGGAUUGUGCUCCCCUUUCAUUGUAG